AUGUACGGAUGGAGGGGGGGGGGAUCUCAUACGUCCUCGCAACACGUGCUCUCUAUGUUUAUCAGCAGGGGAUUCUGGGAAGCGGUGGUCAUGGUAACCAUGGUAAACACCGGCCGUCUUCCUCCACCUCCUUUUCCCCGUCGCGGGUCCGGAGCCGCGCCAAAGCGGACGGAAACUGCGAACAUGGCUCUCAGCGCUGACAAGUAUUAUGAAAAGAUAGCCGCGAUACAACAAAACAUGCAUAAAAGGGAGAGACGCAGGCUGGAGCUGGAGAGAGAACUCUUUGCUUUCUCCAGAUCCGAUAACAGAAUCUCACAGAUAAAGCGUUCCAGACUGCACAGUUAUCUCAAGGAAAUCUGUGACAGGGGAGCACGAGCAAAAAUGAGAAACCUUGAGCUUCUGAGAGAUGUGGAGAGCAUAGAAAUUAGCAUGAAGGAAUAUAGUCGUGACCAUUGUCCCCUGCAACAACAAAAGGCUGACGUUUUGAAAAAGAUUUCCAGAUUUACGGAAGCAAAGAAGAAUAUGGCGAAAGGGCUUAAUGCAGAUAAGGACGAAGCCACGUCUGGGCAGUUCCAGGACAGCCCCCUCUCUCCCCCAGCCGAGGAUUUUAAAAAACCGCCAGCGGCGAUUUUUACGGGCCACCCGACCUCCAGAGGGUCUGACGCUGAAGCUGGCACCACAAGUGUACACUCACACCAAGCGUUGCAUCGUUCGCCCAAUCGCAGCAUGCACUCCGGCGAACGUCUACCAAGUGGCCUUUUGAAGGACUUCAGAGUUGGCGCGGAGGAUGCCGCCGGCAGCCGAGCACAUUUAUCAGAUGACAUUUCAGGCUCAGACGACUCCCCCGACGGCUGCCAUUUGAGUGACAAGCGCGAAGGAGCGACGGCUCUUCCGUCCACCCGUGCCCCAACGGGCGCCACCGGCCGGGCGCCUUUCGCCAGCGACGAUGAACAGGAGCCGGCGACCCCGACGCGGCCCGAGGAGAGCCUGAGAGCUGAGGGUUCCCCUGCAGGACGCAGUGACUCCCGAGAGGGGGCUCAUCGGCCCCCCGCGACGGAAGGCGGGGAGCCGGGUCGCUGCCAUUCCGUGCCUCGGACCACUUUUGGAACCGGCGCUCAGGACGCACCAGGCGGACGCGGGAGCGUCGGCAGCCCGAGCUCCGACGUGCUGUCGUCAGAGAGCCCCGUGAGUGACCUGUCCAUUUCGCUGACACAAUCUGAGCUGGAGGAGGAUCCGCCGGAGGGCGCGGCACCUGGGGCGCCCGCCGAUCGCAACCGGCGCCGCGCCGAAUCGCUCCCCCGGUCAGACGGCGAAUCCUCGGCUCCGCCGGAGAGUCUCUGCCAGGAAGGACUCUUCCGUCUGCUAGACGCCAUCGAAGGACGCCUCGGCCCCGGCGGCGGCGGCGGCGGGCGGGCCGGCGUGUACGCCGAGGCUUCGAUCGACGGAGGGCGACUCGGUAGAAUUAUCAGCCUUUGUAACCGCGGAGCGGCCCUGAAUGACGAGGACCUUGAAGCAUGUGGAGCAGUCGUCCUUCAUGGGCUUCAGAGGUUGUCAUGGAGCACGGCGAAGGGCUGCCUGCUACCGGAGGAUCUAGUGGGGGCUCACCGGUCCAGCACUGAGCCUAAUGAAAUAAGCGCCGGCCUCCCUCCCGACGCCGCUCGGCUGUGGGAUCGCUGGUUCAAGCACGCCCUUCUGCUGAAGGAGCGCCGUGUCCUCAGCACCGAGCGCCUGGUCCAGCUGUUCACGCCGCUGCUGCUGCUGGAGCGCGAUGCCACCUACAGCCACCAGGCCAAAGUGCUGCUGAGGACACUCGUGUCCCGGUCCAGUGAGGAGUGCCCCUCAGCGGGGGACGAGAGUGACUUGUCUUCUUCGUGUGGUCCUCCUCCUCCUCCUCCUCCUCCUCCUCCUCCCCUCCUGGCUGACGGCGAGGCGGAGCCCGCCAGGCCGGACCGGAAGCCACCAAUCCAAGAACUACAAAGUAGUGAAGAGGACAGCCAGGACGAAAGCCCUGUGGAAAGUGUUCCUAUUAGAGAGACAAAAGCUUAUCGGUUACUUAAACAAUCAGCCAUGCAGGAAAGGCUGCAGAGUUCUGAAGAGGAGGAGGAGGAGGAGGAGGAGGAGGAGGAGGAGGAUGGCCUCUCAGGAAUAAAUCACGGCUAUGAAGAGGACCUGGGGAGGGCCAAACGCUCCUCACAUCAAGACCCUUACCCUCGGUAAGAACAUUGUUAUUAUUCAACGGGCCACAGGAAAUGGGCCACCAGACACCAAAGUGGUUGAUGUACAUUUGCAUGACCGCUCUCAUAAUUCCCUGUUCAUUUCCAUAAGAUCAAGGGGGCGCCACCCAUUAACUCGCUUACAAAGACAAAAGGCCCCUAAAGCCCCUCUCACUCGCUGCUUUGCUGGCGUCAGCCCGGGUUUCACAAAUAAAUAAAUAAAUAAAUAAAACGCGGAAAAAUAAACCAGAGUCAUAAUCUCACUGUUGUCGUCCGAAUGGCGAGCGGAUCGCGCCGAGGGGAGAUUUAGGGACGACCGCUUUCGGGAGCAACGAGACUCGAGUGUUGACAAGGACAAGCGUCCUCGUCUCGAAACCGCCAUUUAGGCGCCUGAAAUCAGAGCCCUGGAGUGGGUCGGGAAAAGAAGACGUAAUGAUGAAUAGCUCGGUAGCUUGGCUACAUUUGAAUACCGACGCGACUUCAUCAAGUCCGCGGCGGCCCCGAACGCGGGUCCUCGGAGCGCCUCUUCACCGCCGAAACCCAACCGGCAGCCGCGGUAAUGGCUGGGUAAACGUUAUGAGGAAUAAUCUCCUCUGAUUUCAUGUGAUUACCCGGGCGCCACGCCGACACCAGGGGCUGAUGUCUGCGUCUCUCUCCCCGGGCCCGGGCAAGCAGGCGCACCCCCCCCCCCGGUCUGCCUAUUAGCCCCGGUGGAAGGGCCUUAAUGGGGCUGGAUCCAUUGUGGCCCUUCGUCUGCCACACAGCAGCCCCAGUGACCACCCCUCUUUAAUAAACAUGAGUCAAUCUCAGCACCAGACCCCUUCUCAGGUGGCGCCCGUCCUUGCGUGGAAGGCCCGCGUUAUAUUUGAUUAAACACAAUU